AUGGAUAAUAAUAAAUUAGUAAUUUAUAAAGUUAUAGAAAAUUUCAAUAUAAAUCAAAAUUAUUUUAAUAAUUUAUUUUUUAAAGUUUGGAGAAAUAUUUAUAUAAGGAAAAUAAUAAUUGGUGAAAAAACAUUUGAUGAUUUAAUAUCAUUUUUAAUUUAUCCUUAUAGGGAUUAUUUAACAAGUGUUUGUAUUAAUGGUAUUGGUAGAUACAAUAUCCCAUCGGAUUUUUUAUUACCACCAUUGAUCAAAUCAUUAAAAUUUGGAGAUCAAUGGAAUAAAUUGAUUUUACCAAGAGUUUUAACAAAUUCAUCAUUGACAUCGAUUGAAUUUGGAAAUGACUUUAAUCAACCUUUAUUCCCUGGCUCAAUUCCAAACACUGUAAAUUAUUUAGAAUUUGGAAAGUCAUUUAAUCAACCUAUCAUGCCAGGUGUGAUUCCAAAUUCUGUAACAAUUUUAAAAUUUGGUGAUAAUUUCAAUCAACCAUUGCCAUCGAAUAUACUACCACAGUCAAUUAAAACUUUUAAACUUGGUAAAUUUUUUAAUCAACCAUUAGAGGGGGGUUCAAUACCUUUGUCUGUUGAAAAUUAUUAUUAUGAUUCUUUACAACCAAUUUCAAGAUACUCUUUUCCUUGUUUUAUUAAAUAUUUAGAAUUUGGAUCUGAUUUUAAUUACCCUUUAAAACCGGGUGAUAUUCCUCAAUCGGUUCAAGUUUUAAAAUUAUCUUCAUCAUUUAAUCAACCAAUAGAACCAAAUUCAAUACCGACAAGUGUUGAAACUUUAAUAUUUGGGGUUUCAUUCAAUCAAACAAUUGAACCUGGAUCACUUCCAAAUAAUAUAAAAACUGUGGAAUUCAAUAAAAACUAUGAUAAACCAAUUCCCCAAGGUACUAUUCCAGAAUCGGUUACAAUACUUAGGUUUGGUCGUAGGUUUUCACAAAGUUUGUCAAAAUCACAUAUACCGAAUACUGUAACUUCACUUUUUAUUGAAUUAUGGUUAUUUUAUUUAGUGAAUUUUACAAUUUUAAUUAUUAAUUUAAAUAAUAAAAAUAAUUUAAAUAAUAUUUUUUAUUUUAUUAAAAAAUAA